GUUUGUUUGUUGUCUGCCACCGAAGAAGGCGACGUACUGUAAGUCCAUUAUGAUGGUGCGGCUCCCACUGGCCAGGACUGUCAGUCCACGCACCCGGAAUCCUCUCAUCAAGCGUUGGCUGUCCACGCAUAAAGCAGAACCUCCUGCACCCCCGCCACCAAAGUCCAAACCAGACGAUCGAGCUGCCCUCAGAAAUCGCUUCGACCGCUUUAUUGAACGCACUCCGCGUUUCCUUCGACCUACAGUUAGAGGGCUGCGACAAGCUCCCGUGUCGCAUAUUACAGCAUUCAUUGUUCUUCAUGAACUAACCGCGGUUAUCCCAUUAUUCGGGCUAGCAGGAGCUUUCCAUUACUGGCACUGGCUCCCUCCAUAUUUUGCUGAAGGAGCUUGGAUCUCUGCAGGCGUGGAGAAGUUUGCGCGGUACUUCCGGAAGAAAGGCUGGAUCAAUGAAAAAGACGAGAUGGAGGUUGAAGAGGAGGCAAAGAAGGGCAAUGCUGGCCGCUUCGAAAAUCACAAAGACACAGCCUCGCGGUGGUUCAAUCGAGGAGAAAGUGCCACACGAUGGGUGAUCGAGUUCGCAACAGCAUAUACUUUAGUGAAAGCUCUACUGCCUUUGCGUCUUCUCGUCAGCGUUUGGGGCUCCCCAUGGUUUGCGCGGAUUGCCAUCAUCCCCAUCGGAAAUGCCACAAAAGCACUAUUUCGAAGAUCGAAGAUUUGAUGCCUUGCCAUUGCCCCAUUGUGAUUGGCAUCCGACCCGAAAGUGAACCAAGGGAUUAAACACCGUAUGCAAUCAUCAUUCGUGUCAUUUCUCCACUUCGGCACCCUAUUCAACUGGCUCCGGCUCGGAGUCUCAUGUUUUCCUGGUGUGCUGUCAUGACUCUGUUCAUGCCUUCUCGUAGAUCCAGUCAUGUUGGGCAGACUUCCAGCUCUGGACUUCCUCAGGCUUGAACCACAACGCAAUUUCCUUCUUGGCGCUCUCAACACCGUCGGAGCCGUGGCAGACAUUGCGACCAACGUCAAUGGCGUAGUCACCUCGAAUGGUUCCGGGGGCAGACGCGAGAGGGUUGGUGGCACCGAGGAUGGCUGGCAUCAGCAAUUAGCUUCAUGUCUCUUUCAAACGAGGCCUUUUUGGGCAGCUUACAUCGACCAGUCUUGCAAGCAUCGCGGCCUUCCCAGACCAUGGCGACGAUGGGACCGCUCAACAUGUCUGGAAUAUUGUGUCAGCCGGCUCAUUCGAUGGACGCUUGUAGAGAGCUUUCCAUACAUGUGACGAGGCCCUUGAAGAAAGGCUUGUCGGAGAGGUCUGAGUAGUGCUUCUCGAGGUGCUCCUUGGAAGGAGACACCAUCUUGAUUGCCACCAAUUUGUAUCUUCACCGCCUUUAGUCUCAGAUUCUGGUUUUUCUUCUGCCAUUGGGAACCUUGCUCACCCGCGCUUCUCGAAUCGGCUUACGAUAUCGCCAACCAGGCCACGCUGGAUGUUAUUGUCAGUAUCGAUGCCGUGUUGGGAUGAAGGAGGACGGAUUCACACCUGAACGCCAUCGGGCUUGACAGCAAUGAAGCUGCCCAACGUGUCAGUAUCUGACUUGUACCACAAUGCCGGCGUAGGGUGCUUACGUCUGUUCGCUGGAAGACAUUUUGAUGUGCCGUGCAGAGCUCUGUUGACAGACAAGAUGUGUAUUUUGGAAUGUGAAGUGGCUGAAAGAGAGACAGUUGCGGUCAGUGAAAAAGAGAACUGGACAAAAAUAUUUUGUUCG